AGCAAAAAAAAUAAAACGAGAAUCAACACCACCAUCACUUUUAUUACCAAUGCCAUGUUCUGUAUUAAAUAAUGGUACAAAUUCUAAUCAUCAACAUUUAACAUCAAUGCUUCCACUUCAGCAACAAUCACAAAAUCAUCCACAACGUCCACUUGUUACUGCUGAUGAUUUACCAUCAUUAGUUGCUCAAACACCAACAUCAGUAUCAAUAUCAUCCGCUAAUAAUAAUAAUAAUAAUAACAAUAACAAUAAUAAUAACAAUAAUAAUAAUAAUAAUAAACGUAAAUUAACAUCACAUGAUACGUUUACAGCACUUUAUUCAGCGGCACAUUCAAAAUCAUCACGACAAUCAAAAAUGAAUGUUUUACGUAAAUAUCUUGAAGAAACACUUGGUCUUGUAGAAUUUCUUACAUUAUAUGAAUAUUUACGACGUAAUUCCCAUAUUAAAUUACAAGGUACACCUAUUGAACAUUAUGAACAUGUUUUACCAGUUUUACUCACAUUACUUAUGCUUGAAAAUACAGCAUAA